UUUUAUUACCAUUGAGCAUUAACCAGGAGAGGAUAUCAUAUCACACCGCCUUGGAGAAGACGAAGAAACAACAAACAACUUCUUCUAUAAUAAACCCCCCACCCACACAAACGAAGCCUCUGGGUUUUUCGAGGUUCAUCUCCCAAUAUCUCACAUACGUUUCCCUAGGCCUCUCUACUCAUCUAAAGCUUUCACCUUUACUCUCUCAGACCAUGGCUGGAACCGCUUCUUCUUCUUCUGAUAGCUUCCUCACUACCUUCCCUCUUCUGGAAACAGCAGAUUUGUUCAGUGAGUUGUCUUUAGGUUCUGAUGGAAGUGAAGUCCCUAGGAACCGUAACAAGGGUUCUCUUCAGCAGCAGUAUGGACAUAUACCUCCUUCUGGUGCAUUUACUGCUCCAUCUCUUCAUGGAAGUGAAAGAAGGCCUAACAUGAAUGUUGGAAACUUGCCAAAUGGUGGAGACAUGUUUGGUUCAUACCCAUGGGGUAGUUACAUCCCACCAAACCAUCAUUCCGGUGGCUACCAAGAUCAGAGGUUUGGUUAUGGACACAGCAACAAUUCAAACACCUUUUCACAUCUCAUGAAUCCUCACAGCUCACAAGAAGCGAUGCGUUAUGACCAAUUUGGCUAUAAUGAUCAUAUGUAUGGACUAUACGGGAAUGUAAUAGACUCAGGUCAUGCUUACGGAACAUUCGGUUAUGAUUCCUGGAAACUUGGGAGAGGAUGGUAUCCUGUUGAUGGUUAUAAGAAGACCAAAAGCUUCAACUACGGUCGUGGUGGCUACAAUGAAGAGAAAGCAGAUAGGCUUAACGAGCUUUGUAGAGGACCUAGAAGCAGUGAUUCAAAAACUCCACAAGGGACUCUUAACGUUCCAGUGGUAGCAGAUCUCCAACGCUACAAUGGGGAGAGUUUCCCUGAGACAUUGGUGAACGCGAAGUUCUUUGUGAUUAAGUCAUACAGUGAAGACGAUGUUCACAACAGUAUUAAGUAUGGUAUGUGGUCAAGCACACCAACUGGUAACAAGAAGUUGAAUGCUGCGUAUCAUGAAGCUCAAGAGAGUUCUCAAGAUUGUCCUGUGUAUCUUCUCUUCUCGGUGAAUGCAAGUGGACAGUUUGUUGGUGUUGCGGAGAUGAUAGGACCGGUUGAUUUCAACAAGACAAUGGAGUAUUGGCAGCAAGAUAAAUGGAUUGGUUGCUUCCCUGUGAAGUGGCAUAUCAUCAAAGAUGUACCAAACAGUUUAAUGAGGCACAUAACGAUCCCAAAUAACGAGAACAAGCCUGUUACUAAUAGCAGAGACACUCAAGAGGUGAAACUGGAAGAUGGAACUAAAGUCAUAAAGAUUUUUAAAGAGUAUAUGAGCAAGACAUGUAUACUUGAUGAUUUCAAGUUUUAUGAGACAAGACAGAAGAUAAUUAGGGAUAAGAAGAUCAAGCAAAAGAAACAGGUCCUUGAUGGAGCUACUGUUGAAACGAUUCUUUGAAAUCAAUGGGAGGAAUGAUGAUGACUUUUUAAUUAAAGAACAAUUUGAAUGAUGUUUCUUUUUUUUACUUCAGGCUUUGGAUAUUCUGAGAACCUCUCUUUAUAUAGGUUGGUUUGCUAUGCGUUUUCCUAAACAGAGUAAUUUAUGUUAUGUUCCUUUUAUAAGGAAGACUCACAUCUGAUAAAACAAAACUCAUUAUUUGUUCUUGUUUCCUUCAUAAAUCAUAUCAGAAC